GGGGGAUGCGCAGCGAGCACACAGAGCGCACGGAGAGAGCCGGGCCCGGAGCGCAGCGUUGGGAGCAGGGAUGCGGGCGCCGUGAGCCGGGCAUCGUGCGCCCAUGACGGACCUGGCAUCGCCCGCGGGCGAGAACAGCUUCGCCUUUCCCGGCGGCGGCGAGGAGGGCUUUGGGGAUGAGAAGGCGUUGGUGAUCCACAGCCAGGCGGAGGAGGAGGCGGCGGGGAAGGAGUUCAAGUGCAUCCUGUGCGGGGAGUGCUUCGGCCAGCAGCCCAGCCUCGCCCGGCACCAGAAGCACCACGCCGGGGAGCGCGCCUUCAUCUGCGCCGAGUGCGGCAAGGCCUUCAGCCUCAAGCACAACCUCAUCAUCCACCAGCGCAUCCACACCGGGGAGCGGCCCUACCAGUGCGACGUCUGCCAGAAGAGCUUCAGCCUGAAGCAGAACCUGCUCACCCACCAGCGCAUCCACAGCGGCGAGAAGCCCUUCUCCUGUGGGAGCUGCGGGAAGCGCUUCCGCGAGCAGCGCUUCCUCCUCAACCACCAACGCACCCACGCCGAGGACCAACCCGGGGCCACCAGCGCCGCCGCCUGCAGCCGCUCGCCGGGCUCGGAGCCGCAUGAGGAAGCCGGUGGUCCCACGGCAGCAGGCGGCCCCUUCUCCUGCACCCGCUGCGGGAAGGCCUUCGGCUGCCGGAGCAGCCUGGCUGCACACCAGCGCACCCACGGCGGCGAGCGGCCCUUCGCCUGCGCCGAGUGCGGGAAGAGCUUCAGCCAGAAGGGCUCCCUGAAGCUCCACCAGCGCACCCACAGGGCCGAGAACGCCCUCACGUGAGCCCCCGCGCCCCGGGACCCCCUCCCAUGGCUGCCCUGCGGGGCUCUCCGUGCCCUGAGCCCCCCCAGCAUGGCUCCAAGCGCUGCACGGAGGCUCGGGGCCGCUGGGCGUCUCAGUGGGCGCCAUCCCCUCGGUGCUGUUGUGACGGCGUGGUCAGUGCCAGCUCUGCCUGAGCCCCCCCAGGCACCCCGUGCUCCCUGCACGGAGCUGCUCUCCUGAUCACCACGAGGUCUCUCCCAUCAGCUGCUCCUGCUCCUCACCUCAGGCUCUCCCGGGCUGUUGGGCACCUAUUGGGUUUCUGCCACCCCCCGGGGCACUGGGAGGAGCUGAGUGAGGCGGCCGCCUCUGGAAAUGGCUGAGUUCCCCGGGUGGUUUCCUCCCCUCCACUCCCAGCACCUCAGCACUGCAGCCAGGUGCACAGCGGGGCCACAGGUGGAACCCCUGAGCGAGGAGCAGCGGGGGGGGGGGGUUUCCCCUCAGCACUGCUGUGUGCACCCCGUGCCCCCGUGCUCCCCAUUGCCCCUUACCCCCC